AUGGAGGCGUAUCUUGCAGAAGUGCGCAGGAUGGAAAAGCAGUUCCUGGGGCUGGAACUGAAGCACGUGCCUCGCGACACCAACCAGGAGACUGAUGCCACCGCCAGGAGAGCAUCAAGGCGGCUGCCUCAAGAGCCUGGCAUUUUCGAGGAGCGACUCUUCAGGCCCUCAGCAGCACCGACGCUAUCAAACACAGUGCAGCUUCGGGAGGUACUCCCCCAACCACCAGCCUCAGGAGCUUCGGCCUGUGGCCCAGCCUCAGGAGCACACUUGCUCCUGGCGCUGGAGCCCCAGGAAGGAUGCUGGACCGCGGAGCUCAAGGAUUACCUGAUGCAAGGGACUCUACUAGAGAAGGAUGAGGACGCGGAACACAUAGCCCGGCAGGCCACGACUUACUGCAUCCAAGACAGAGAGCUUUACCGGAAGCGGCCCAAUGGUGUUUCCCUGUGUUGCAUCUCCAGGGAGCAGGGGAAAGAGUUGUUGGCAGACAUCCACGGUGGAGACUGUGGGCACCACUCGUCGUCACGGACACUCGUCGGCAAGGCAUUCCGUAGCGGGUUUUGUUGGCCUACGGCACUCGACGACGAAAUCGAGCUGGUGAAGGCUUGUGAAGCCUAUAUGCUACGCCUCGGUGGCACACCCUCGGAGCAAUGGCCAGGCUGA